UACCAAACAGUAGCUUAAAGACAAAUUUUCUUUCUAAGAAAGUCGUUAUGUCUGAUGUCUGAGCUGGAAGACAGGGUAGAGCGUGAAGAGAGAGAGAGAGAGAGAGAGAGGGUACUACUUCACUUGGGCAACAAAAUUGUUUAUUUUUAAAUUUGAAUCAAUCUCAUUCAGUUUGUCUAAGAAGAACCAGAGCUAGCAAUCUAGUUGAGAGAGAGAGAGAAAAGACUCUGUGGUUUGUUGUUUGUUUUUCAGAAUUGAGUGAAGGGAAAGGGGUCAGAUUUCGAAAUGGCAACAUUUGCAGGGACAACCCAGAAAUGUAAGGCUUGUGAGAAGACGGUUUACUUGGUGGAUCAGCUCACAGCUGAUAACAAGGUCUAUCACAAGGCUUGCUUUCGAUGCCACCAUUGCAAGGGUACCCUCAAGCUUAGCAACUACUGCUCAUUUGAAGGUGUGCUGUACUGUAAGCCUCACUUUAACCAGCUCUUUAAGAUGACUGGCAGUUUGGACAAAAGUUUCGAAGGUGGUCCAAAAGAUGUUAGAGUGGACAAAUCAGCUGAUAAGGACCAAGCCAACAACAAAGUUUCGGGUUUGUUUGCUGGAACUCAAGAUAAGUGUGUGUCUUGCAAGAAAACUGUCUACCCACUUGAAAAGGUAGCAGUUGAUGGUGCCGCAUACCACAGAGCUUGUUUCAAAUGCUCUCACGGGGGCUGUGUGAUCAGCCCAUCUAAUUAUGUUGCUCAUGAGCUCAAACUCUACUGUAAGCAUCAUCAUUCUCAACUGUUCAAGGAGAAAGGUAAUUUCAGCCAACUUGGCAAGCAUGAAGACACUAAAGGGAUGACCGAGAACACAGUUUCCAAGUGAUGCUAGGCGAAUUCUGUGAUGUUCAUGGAAUUGGUGCAUACCACUGCCUUCAUUUAUGGCAAUGUAGGAUAUCAUAUACAGUGGCAUUAUACAUUAAGAGAGGUAUGAAUGAGUUGCAAGUAUGGGUUUGGUGUCUAUCCUGGUCUUACAAUAAGCCAAGUUCUCGUGAAGCCUGCGCUUUGAAGUUUGAAUUGGGUGUGUUUUCUCGUGUCGUUGACCUCAUUCUCUUUUUAUAUAAGUAUACUUAAUGACUUUAUCAUCUCAAUAAUAGUGAUGAAUAUUUACUGUUUGGUUU